AUGCCAAGGAAGGAGUUGCCACUACCCGAGGGUUUCGAGGAAGCCAGAGACUUUGAUGGCAAAGUCUAUUACAUUGACCACAUUAACCAAUGCACCACCUGGAUUGACCCCAGAGACAGACAGACAAAGCCUCUGACAUUUGCUGACUGUAUUGGGGAUGAGCUGCCGGUCGGCUGGGAGGAGGCAUAUGACCCUGUUGUCGGUGCUUACUAUGUUGACCACAACACUAAGAGCACCCAGCUGGAGGACCCACGGGCCCAGUGGCAGCGAGAGCAGGAGGCCAUGUUGCGAGACUACCUGGCUGUGGCCCGUGACGCGCUCAGUGCUCAGAAGGAGAUCUACCAGGUGAAGGAGCAGAGGCUCCUCCUUGCACAGCAGGAGUUCCGGCAGCUUAAUGACACGUGGAAGGACAAGUCUACAUCACAGACCAGCUUAAACUCCAGAUCUUCCUCCUCGAGUAAAUAUGAUCCAGACAUCCUGAAAGCAGAAAUUGCCACAGCCAAAAGUCGGGUGAAUAAGCUGAAGCGGGACCUUGCCUGUAUGAAGCAGGAGCUGCAGUACAAAGAACAAGGCUUUGAGACACUUAAAGAGAUUGACCAGAAAGUGUCCAACAGUCCAUAUGGCUACAAGGUACAAGAGACGCAGACCAUUCUCACCGAGGUGCAGUCCAUCCGAGAUGCAAUCAACUCCGGGGAGAAGGAGAAAAGGGAACUUAUCCAGAAACUUGCAGUUUUGAAGGAUGGCUUCCAGUUUGACUCUGGCUCCCAGCAGGAGCUGUGGGGCAGCAGCCCCUCGCUGGCCAACUCUGAGCUGUCCAUCCCGCGCCUCUACUCGGAUGCUGGCUCCCAGACUGACAUCCCUGCUGAGGUUACUACCAGCACAAACAAACUGGCAGAGAAGGUUCGCCUGAGUCUGAAGUAUGAAGAGGCAAAAAGAAGGAUUGCCACCAUCGAGGUUCAAAUUGCCAAACUGGACAACGAGGCAUGGCCAGGGCUGUUGGAUCCGGAGCGGGACCGCCUCAUCCUCAUCAAUGAGAAGGAGGAGCUGCUGAAGGAGCUGCAGUAUGUUAGUCCUCGACAGCGCCUGGAGCCCAACGAUGCUGAGAAGUUAGAGUAUGAGAAGAAGCGCCUGGAGAGGGACCUGCAGGCUGCUCGAGACAAUCAGAGCAAGGCUCUGACUGAAAGGCUGCGUCUCCACUGCAGGAGAAACAAACUGGUCAGAGAGCUGGAGGAGAUGGUGCGACUGGCCACAUCGCUACACACACAGCUAAAAAGCCUGUCGGCCAGCACGCUGUCCUGUUCAUCAGGAAGCAGUCGAGGAUCUCUGACCUCCAGCCGGGGCUCCCUGGCCACCACCUCCAGCCUGGGGUCCACCUCCUCCCUCAGCUUCACUGACAUUUACCUGGAGCAGCCUGAGCUGACUGACCCUGACUUCCAGAACAAAUUGGACAGCCUCCUGCAGGAGGGCGGACAGGGAGGCUACCGUCCCUCCAGUUCCAUCACCACCAUACACGAGCACGAAGUGGUGACGGGCUGCGGAAAGAGUGAUGUGGGGCGGACUGAGUUCAGAGCAAGGAAGGAUGGAGGAUUAGGAGGAGACGCGGGGAGUUCUUCUGCAGGAGGUGUGGCUGGUGUUGAAGUGGAGCCUGGAUCAUCCAGAAUUCAGGCACUCAGACUGUCAGAAACCCCUCACUCCAUGAGCUCCUUGUCUCCACGCUCCUCUAUCUCCUCGCUGUCUCCACCGUGCUCCCCACUUGUCACAGACACUAGUUUUCUGUCUGGUGAUGGCUUCACAGGCCAGACGCAACCCGCCGAAUUGGGCCUGGAGCUGGAGAUCCACAGCAGACUUGCAGAGCUAGAGCUGGGCCUAGACUCCCAGGAGCAGCAGCAGGAGGAGGAGCGUGACAGUCGUCAGGGGCUGAAGGCGAAGAACAACCACAACGCCACACUGGGGGAGGAGGUCAGAGAUUCUGCCCCCCAGCGAAGCGUGGGCGGUGGGUCGAAAAAGAUGGGUGUGACCUCUGCUGUGUCUGAUGAAUCAGUGGCGGGUGACAGUGGGGUGUACGAACCAGCGGACCGCAGGUCGGGUCUUCCUAGUGAGCUCUUCUAUGAGGAGCGUUUGAGCCUGGCUUGUUCCCAGGUGCAGCUAGGUUUCCGCUAUGAGUCCAGAGACCAGCGCUUCACCAUUUAUGUCAUGCAGAUGUCCAACUGCAGUGCUCUUGCUCUGCCAGCUGACCACAAACUGUACCUGCGUGUGGUGGUGCUGCCCUGCGUGGAGGCCACACCCUGCUUGUUCAGGACGCGCGGGGCUUUGCCUCAGGACACUGUGGACUUCAACGAGGUGUUCGGCAUGCAGAUAUCCCACAGUGUACUGCGACAGAAGACCUUGCGAGUUGACGUCUGCAGAACCAGCAAGUCAGGCCAUGAAGAGUGUCUGGCUGGAGCUCAGAUCAGCCUGGCUGACGUCAGCUGUUCCAAGGAGAGAUGCACCAAGUGGUACAACCUUCUGAGUCGAGCCUUCAUGCCAGACAUCAGCAGCAAAGGGAAGAGCAGCAAAGAAGUCAGCAGCUCUGACAAGACUGGUGUUUCCAACAGUGACACAGUUGUUCCUCUUGAGGAGGACGAGUGGCACAACGAUCCAUUGGAGGACGAAAUAUUUGACGAGGAGAGAGGAAACGGUGAGGGGAUGGGGUCUCUAGAGAUGGACGAACCAUUCUAUCCUGACACCAGCCAAUGGGAAGCAGAUGAGGAGGACAAGGAGAAGGUGGUCAAGCCUUCUGUGGCAGCAGCCAUCACAGAGAAGGUGAACAAGGAGACAAGUAUGGACGGUUUGUUAUCCCAGCAUUACUCUGUGGUGCGCCCGAAGGAGCGCCGCCCUGAUGUUCACCAGCACAACCCUUUUAUUAGGGGCAACACUAUAAUCCGCUCCAAGACCUUUUCUCCUGGACCGCAGAGCCAGUACAUCUGCCGGAUAAAUCGCAGUGACAGUGACAGCUCUACUCUGUCCAAGAAGUCUCCGUUCGUCAGAAAUGCCUCAGAAAGACGCAGCAUGCGCAUGAAAAAGCCUCCUGUGCAAGUUAAAGGUCUGGACGGCCUGCUGCGGACAUCCCUGGACCUGGAGUUGGACCUGCAGGUGUCUCGGACUCGGCAGGCCCGGCUAACCCAGGAGCUACGGGUGUUGCGGGAGCUGAAGAUGCAGCUGGAGAAGGCAAAGCAGCAGGGCCAGACUGAGCUGCCUUCCUGGGUGCAAGAAGACGAACGGUUCCGUCUCCUCCUUAAGCAGGCUGAGAAACAGACGCGAGAGGAGCAGCUGCAGGCACAACGAGUGGAGAAGAUGAUGAGAGCUGCAGCUAAGGGUGUCCACAAGAUCUGGGGUCAGAGCCGGAAGGAGGUCCCUGAAGUCCAGACCUUCAGAGAGAAGAUGGCCUUCUUGACACGAGCAAAGACCAUCAUCCCUGACCUGCCAGCUGACGACGUGUAGACAAGCAUUUCAAAUGAAUCUGUUGAGACUGGUGAUGACGCUGGUGUGUGCGAGGCGCCUAUAAGAACCAUUCAGCAUGUAUUUAUUGCACUUUGUGAUUUGGGUGUGCUUUCCUGUUUUCUUUUUUGUCGCGAGAGUCCCGAAAAGCUGUGAAUUUUAUUCUCAGACACUGUACUGUCGACCAGAGUUGUAAAUAUUUCACCAGCACAAAAGAAACCACUAAGUUUUGUAGUUUCACAGAAAUAAAAAAAAUGUAUCUUCUA